AUGGCUAAAGACUCACAAAGAGCCCUCCAAUGGAGCAAACAGCUCUUUUACGAGAAAUCAAACAAGGCAGAUACCCUCUUAACCCGCAAACUACGCCCAAAAACAUAUAAUAAGCGCAUUAGCAAAAUAAACUCUCCAAGGAUUUUCUCCCAAUAUUUCACAACACUUUAUAACCACAAUCCUGACCCAUCGCAAACCCUAAAACAAGAUAUCGAAAUAUACCUCCGAAACAAUACCCCCAUCGCUAACAAGCACGGCAAUAGAAAU